CUUUCUGCCUCAUACCAAAUAUGGUUGAGCUUGUUAAUACAAGUGUAAAUAAUACAAAAGCUAAAACUGAAACUGUUUCAGAGAAUUUUCACAGAAAAUUUCAAGUGAAAAGUGAUUAGACGAUAAAUCAAAUUUGAAACAUAUCUCCAGCAUCUUAUGCAAUCGUUUAGAGAUGUCGCACAAACAGAAAAUAGCAAUAUACAUGCUUUGGCUGGCAUUGGGAGCGAUGCAAUCAGCUGAUGGACAAUCGAUUUCGAAUACGGUGCAUCGUACGCAAGCUGCCACGGAGCGCGUUAAUGAUCUCUCCUGCUACGAAUGUGAUACGAUGGACCAUGGCGAGGCGUGUGUGGACGUCAUGACGCGCAAUCUAACCAAUUUCAUACGCAAAUGCAAGGGUGAGGAGUUCAUUUGUAUGGUGAAGCGCUUCUCAUACACAACCAGCACGGAGAACUCCACCAGCGCACCGAAAAUGUGGUCGCUGGAUCGACGCUGCGCUGUGACCUGCGAGUCCGGCUGCAUCGUGAUCGGUGAGCGAACGAAGCUGUACGCUUGCACCUCGUGCUGUGAAAAGUCGCUCUGUAAUACGGGACGCGGACGGGCCGUGAGCACUUUCCAGCGCGUCGAAACGGGCAUUGGCACAUACUGGUGUGCCGCAAUGGUGGCAACAUUGUUGCAGCGACUACUGGAAAUCUGAAGCUUAGCAUAAAAAGAGAAAGACAGAUGAAGACGAAUAGCGGGAAGUAGGCAGUUUUAGUGCAGCAGCGGUUGUGGCAGAAGAAUUAAUGCAGCAGCUGACAUUAAAGCAGCAGAUUAUAUGCUCAAAUGAUGGCUCUACAAGCAACUCUCCUAUAAGCGCCAAAAACUUAAACUAUUUAGCAAAUGUAUACUCAUUAUGAGGUAGUUGAAAACUUUUUCCUGUUCAAGUCAGCCAAAUACAUACUUUUGUGAUACCAAAAAGCAUAAUUAAUAAAACUAAUUAAGAUACUAAUUAAAGUUCAGUGUUGAAAUUCCAUACUAA